CAUGCAUUGCCCAUGUCUUGGCAUCACCAGUAAACAAAAAGCUUCAGUUCCUAGCUAGUUCUUGAUCUUGCAGCAGUCUUUCUAGCAGCUAGUAACCUGCUGCAGUGAGGACAUCAAGAUCACCCAUGGCUUCCGGCUCAGCUCUCUUCGCCGCGGCGCUCGUCAUGGCGCUCAUGCUCGCCGGCAGCACCACGAGCCACGCCGCGCGCCGCCUUGCGGACACGGCGCCGGCAGCUGCUCCCGCCGCCGUCCCGGGCAUUCCUUCCGUGCCCAAGCCUCCGGUGCCGACGGUGCCAACCGUGCCGGCGUCCGCUCUGCCACCGAUGCCCGCCGUACCGACUGUGCCGGCGGUCACCGUGCCGGCAGUUCCCCAAGUCCCGGCGAUCCCCGCGGCGACCUUGCCGCCCAUGCCGGCAGUGCCGGCGAUCCCCGCGGUGCCCGCCAUGCCGAACGCGGCGGCGUUGCCCCCCAUGCCGGCCGUUCCCGCCGUGCCGAAGGUGACGCUGCCGCCGAUGCCCGCCGUUCCUAAGGUCACCUUGCCACCGAUGCCCUUCGUCCCGAAGGUGACGCUGCCGCCGAUGCCAUCCAUCCCCGGCGUGCCGAUGCCAUUCUUGGCGCCUCCUCCUUCGGCGUAAUGAAGCAUGGGUUCAGUGCAUUUGUGGAGUAGCUUCUGCCAUUGCCGAUGUCUGAUUGUCGAGUCGCUCGAUCGAGUUUUCCAUUUGCUUCCUUUUUAAUGUGUGUGGUUUUGUAUUUUUGCGUAUUGGUUUGGAGAGGUGCCGGGUUUUGUCAUUGAUUACUUUGUAUAUGUACAGAUUGAGUGCUCGACUAUUUAUGUGUAUGGGUUCGAUUUGGUCAUUUGUGUUUCAUUGUAUAAUGGAAGUACUUAUGUCUCAUUCGACCA